AUGGCCUAUGAUCGAUAUGUAGCCAUCUGUCACCCACUGCACUAUUCAUCUAUGAUGAAGUGGAGUAGCUGCAUCCAGAUGGCAGGAGGAGCGUGGAUGGCAGGUUUCCUUAAUGCUGUUUUGCACACUGGUACUGUUUUUUCACUGCCUUUCUGCUCCACCGUCAUCAAUCAGUUCUUCUGUGAAAUCCCACAUGUUGUGAAGAUCUCCUGUUCUGAUUCAUACCUCAAUGAGCUUUGGCCUCUUCUCUUUAGUGCUGUAUUACUUCUUGGUUGCUUUGUGUUUAUUGUCAUAUCCUAUGUGCAGAUAUUUACUGCAGUGCUGAGAAUGCCCUCCAUGGCCAACAGGCAGAAAGCCUUCUCUACUUGCAUUCCCCACAUCACGGUUAUUUCCAUAUUGGUUGGAACUGGCAUGUUUGCCUACUUUAUGCCAACCUCUAACUCUCCAUACAAUGUGGAUCAAAUGCUUGCUGUGUUAUAUACUGUGGUGCCCCCAAUGAUGAACCCAAUAAUCUACAGCAUGAGGAACAAAGAUGUCAAAGCUGCCUUGUGGAGGUUGCUUGCUCUUAUUCUUGAAUAUGAUGCUGAAGUUCACUGUGAGUAUGUGCCUCACACUUGCAAAAAGCAGCUGCAGAAGAACUCACGUGAUGGCCGAUUUGUUGGCUGUUUACUGAUGAUGUCCCAGUAUCCUUGUUAG